AUGUUGGUGCUACUGGCUGGUAUCUUCGUGGUGCACAUCGCCACUGUCAUCAUGCUCUUUGUCUCCACCAUUUCCAACGUUUGGAUGGUGGCUUCUUCCAGCUAUGGACCGGUCUCCUUGGGACUCUGGUUCCUGUGCAACCAGACCUGCCAGCCCCUGCCAGUCAGCGGGGCUGAGGAAGCCUCCCUCAAGGCCGUGCAAGCCUUUAUGAUCCUCUCCAUCAUCUUCUCCGUCAUCGCCCUGGUGAUGUUCAUCGUGCAGCUCUUCACCCUGGAGAAAGGCAACCGCUUCUACAUCACUGGGGCCAUCAUGCUGGUUUGCUGGCUGUGCAUCCUGGUGGCAGUCUCCAUUUACACAGCCCGCUUCACGGGCCAGCUGCCCACCUUCACACGGCCUCACCACGGCUACUGCUUCAUCCUGGCCUGGAUCUGCUUCUGCUUCAGCUUCAUCAUCGGCAUCCUCUACCUUGUCCUUAGGAAAAAAUAA